AUGCCAAGGUGUCGUUCGCUGCCAAUGUCGGACGGCGUCGCUCGUUUCGUCGCUGUCCACGCGCUCGCACCCGGGCUAAGACUUGCAUUCAAGAGCCUGCCGAUGGCUCUAGGCGGUAGCUCUUUGGGCGUGUCCUGGAUCGUCAUCCGGGGGCACUGGGGCGGCCGCGAUCGCCGUCAUCGAGGACAAGGUGUCGCUGGCCUCGUGGCACAGCGCGCAUCGACUCGGUCGCCGACCUUGCCCACCCCUCACUCCUUUUUGGCCCCAUUCUGUGGCACUGUGGCAUCGUUGCACUCCCCACCCUCUGCCUCGGCUCGCAUGGCUCUCUCGCUCCUUGCCAUUAUCUCUCUUUUUCACUCGAUUUUCUCCCGCCAGUCCGACUGGCAAGCAGCUGUACAAUUGAUACCUCUCUGA